AUGGCCUUCAAGCACGGGCUGAGUGAACGCCUCGACGAGCUGCGAUUCCCAUCCCCACGAUCCCCGCCCUCGGAGUCUGCGUUCCCUGGGUACACAUCUCUUUCCCCGGGUCAUUCGAACUUUGGAUCCGGCUUCUCAUCUCGCCCGGCUGGUGAUGUCCGAGCGAAUCUGCAGCGUCGGUUUACGACCGAUUCCAGCAAGUUCUCGUCAUGGAAUUAUCUGAAUCCAAGCCCGGUAUCUGGCUCGAGCUCUGGCUCUGGUUCAGGCCAGAUGCAAGAUCCAGUGGAUCUGUUGUCCUCGUUUGAGAAAAAGAGACAGCACAUCGAGUACAUGCGUGAACAGAAACGCCGCUUUGAAGAAGAUAUGAAAAUCCUGGAUCUUCAGCACGCUCGCGAGAAGCUGGAGAUGGACCAGCUCGCUCGGGACUUGGCUCAGGCUGGCAUCUCUGGCCCAGUCAGUGAGCCGACCACCCCACCUGAGUACCGUGAUACUACUGUCUCGAGUGCCUUUGGCCGCCCUGCUCGUUUCUCCACUUCGAGUGUGACCUCUUCUCCCGGCUUUUUCAAUGCUUUUGCUCCUUCAACCUUGACUUCGCCCCAAGCUGCUUCCCAGCCCACCCAGCCAUCGAUAGACCGAUUUGCUGGACACUCUGUCCCUGGUUCACGCCGAAAUUCCGAGAAGGACGACUUCCUUGCCGAUCCUACUUCUCCUUUCCGAUCCGGCCCAUCUGCUGCUCAUCGAUACUCGCUGCCCUCCGGUAACCAGAAUGGCCACUCUCAUCGGUCUAGCAUCUCCGCGUUGAAUGGAUCACGCCUUGACAGCUUUAACGUUCCCAAGUAUCUUUUCCCUAGUGACGAAGACAAGCCCCACAACCAUCUGAGGGAGCUGGAACGCCUGUCAACCCCUGACAUCAAGAGCUACAUCAAGUUGACCGAGCCUGAUGACAAGUUCCCCACCCUGUCCCGUCGUGGUGACUCAAACAUGUUGUCUGCGAACCCUGAUGCCCAUGAUCUCGCCAAUCCUCGUGCCACAGGCGCCGAAAAUUAUUCCAACCACAGUCGGCACCGGUCGUCUCACCAGAGCAUGCCGCAGAACAUUCACAGCUUCGGGCGCUUGGACCAGCUGGCAAGCCAGAAUAACGAGGAUCACGGCAACUCUGUUCACACCUCACGCCACAGUGCUCGUCGUUCCAUGGGAAGCCAGAUCACCUUCCACGAUGACCGCCACGAAGAGACAGCAACUCCUACCCACAAUGAGCACAUGCAUCAGCACAACACAAGCAUGGGUCGGAUUCCCCAGAGUGGUGUGAAUAGCCAGGUCAAGACCGAGUUCGAUGAGACCGAGUUCUAUGGCAAUCAAUCGACUUUGCACGCGAGCGCUCCACCCUUUGGGCCUCAGCUCACUUCGGCUGUAUCUACCAACCACGUUCCCAGUUCGAUUGUUCAAAUGGGGUUGCCAUUCCAAGUCCCUGCAGUUCCUGGCUUCAAUUAUGGAGUCCAGCCCUAUGUCGGCCAAGCAGCUCCCAUCAACGGUCAUAUGCAAAACUUUGGAGGAGCUUCUGCUUAUAACAAUGCCUAUUCUGGCUAUGGUCCUGGGUUCCGCUUCAAUGAACCUGCUGCCCGAGGCAGCAUGGCUCAGCGUCGACAGGAGAAUGAUGCGACCCAGCUUACUCGUUUCGGCAACUACCCCUUGGAGCAUUAUAAGGGUGAGUUGUACAGCCUGUGCAAGGACCAGCAUGGUUGCCGAUACUUGCAACGCAAGUUGGAGGAGCGUAACCCAGAACACGUGCAGCUGAUUUUCAGUGAGACUUACAUGCAUGUUAUUGAACUUAUGACCGAUCCAUUUGGCAAUUAUCUUUGCCAGAAGUUACUCGAAUACUCCAACGAUGAACAACGCACUGCCUUGAUUAACAAUGCUGCCCCUGAGUUAGUCAAGAUUGCCCUGAACCAGCAUGGAACUCGUGCAUUGCAGAAGAUGAUUGAAUUCAUCUCGACCUCUGAGCAGACUCAAACAGUCAUCGAGGCGCUGCAGAAUUCCGUGGUUGAUCUGGUACAGGAUCUGAAUGGCAACCACGUUAUUCAGAAAUGCCUCAACCGCCUCACUCCUGACGAUGCCGAGUUCAUUUAUGAGGCUGUCGGAGGCAAUUGUGUUGUUGUUGGUACUCAUCGCCACGGAUGUUGCGUCCUUCAGCGUUGCAUUGACCAUGCUUCGGGUCAUCAGAAGGCUCGUCUGAUUUCGCAGAUUACCUCGCACUCGUUUGCUUUGGUCCAGGAUCCCUUCGGAAAUUAUGUUGUGCAAUACAUUCUGGACCUUGCGGAGCCUAGCUUCACCAACCCACUGUGUGCUACCUUUGGAGGCAAUAUUGCUCAGCUGUCCAAGCAAAAGUUCAGCUCCAAUGUGAUCGAGAAGUGCCUCCGGACUGCUGAUAACUACAUGAAGCGUGAAAUGAUUGAAGAAUUCCUCAUGGGAAAUGAGCUUGAAAAGAUGUUGCGUGAUUCAUUCGCAAACUAUGUUGUUCAGACCGCCAUGGACUUCUGUGAUCUCGAGACUCGCAACCGCAUUGUGGAGGCUGUUCGUCCUAUUCUUCCGUCUAUCCGUCAGACUCCCCAUGGUCGCCGUAUUGCUGGCAAGAUCAUGGCUGCGGAUACCAACGGCCGCAGCAACGGUAGCAGCGCUACUACCAGCGGCCAGGCCACCCCUAAUGAGAUGAGCACCACUACUGCACAGAUCCCCAAGAACUUGCUGCAGAAGCCAUUUACUUACCAUCAACCUGGUACUCAAAGUACUCAGUCUUCGAGCUCAUCCGGUGGAUACAGCAACCAGACCUAUGUUCCUCAAUCCUCCCAGAGCUCUGUCUCUAACACUCCUUCCGGGCAAAGUGACACCUCGUCUGUUUACACUACGCCCACCCCCCCAGCUUGCUUGUCUUUCACAACCCCAGUGUACCCAUAG